AUGGUCUCAAUUGGAGCGUUCAUCAAAUUGCUACUCUUGGUUUCUUUUGUUUUAUGUACGAAAGAAGAAUUUUCGAAGCUAUCCGAUGCGGAGAUCACUGAGACAUUAUCCAAAUGUGGGAAAUUCAAAGAUUUGAAAGAGGGGAUUUCAAAAACCAAAGACGAUGUUCUCCUUGCUUACAUCUCUCCUCGUCAUUUCCUGACUGAUAUUCGUAUCCUGACCAAUUAUCAUUCAAUGGAAUGUGGAACUCGUGGGAACAGUGUCUCAAAUUUCCUCAAUACAACAGGCAACUUUUCUGCAAAAUUGAUUGGAGAGUGUAAGAACGAACCAACUGGAAUGAUUCUAGGAGAUUCUCAUCCAGAGAAUAAACAUCCUCAGGAUAAAUGGUUUUGUGUUCGAAAUAACAAGAUGGAGAUUAACGAAGACGUCCAAGUGGUGAUGGGUGCGAAUGUUGAUGUUUCUGCAAAGAUAACGACACAAUUUUUGAGGCGUUUUUUCUGCACUACCGUUCAAAAGCUCUUUGUGAUUUUUCGGGAAUAUGUGAAACGUAAGAAAAAUUUUUAUGCUUGGAUUUGUGCUGUAUUAUUUUUUAGAUCUUCGCAAACUACUUCUACACCUCAGCAAACAUCAACAACCUCUAUAAAUAGUACAUCUGUUGUGCCAACUACUUUUCAGCCAACUACUAUACAAAAUUCAAAUGUUACGUUAUCUACCACAGUUUCUAUAUCUGCGACGGCAACAACGGGAAAUUCUUUAACUAAGGAACCAGCGACUACAGCUUCUCUCUCCACGCCAUCACCUCAAUCUACUGAAUCCAUCACAGUGAAUCAUCAAACUACUAUCAAGGUCCCAUCGACUCCAGAUCAACGACCUACAACCAUUCCGCCAGCGAUACCUUCUAAAGUGACAGUCCCCUCCCACCCACAAGCUGAAGCCCUGAAAUCAUUGGAAGUGGAUUGCGAAGAAGAGAAUUUGUGUUUCGAAGAAGAUAUUUUUGCAUUUGUUGCUGGAGCAAAUUCAAUCCUGAAUUCCUUAGCCAUUUUCUUCAUUGUAUUUUUAUUCCAAUAG